AUGAACAUUAAAGGGACAGACCGGCUAUGCAAGAACCGCGCCACCGUCUGCUUCGUCCGACCCAGCAGCGAUGUUGCCGCCAGCGGUCAGAGGGAUCUUGUCAACUUCCCCAAGAGAGUAAGACCUAUUGAGAAGAGUCCAGUCCGUAUGGGAAUCUUCCCUGAGGAGUGGUUUACCGCCUUCUACUCCAAGACCGGAGUAACCGGACCUUACAUGGCCCUCGCCUCCAUCGGCACAUUCCUCGCCAGCAAAGAGUUCUUCGUGAUGGAGCACGACUUCUAUGUUGGAGUCGGUCUUUUCAUCGUCUUGUCAGGUAUUGUAAAGAGUGUUGGACCUGGUAUGGCCGAGACCCUGAACAAGGAGCUGGAUGAGCAGGAGGCUUUGUACAAGAACGUCAGACAGUCCGAGAUCGAUCAUCUCAAGAGGACCAUCGAAGCAGAGAAGGCCGCUCAGGUGAAUGCUACCGCCUGGGAGGAUAUUAUUGCUGCUAAGAAAGAGGCUGUUGGUCUACAGCUGGAGUCCGUUUACAGGGAGAGACUCAGUGAUGCUUACACUCAGGUAAAGAAGAGAUUAGAUUAUCAGCUGGAGGUUGCUAAUGUUAUGAGACGGAUGGAGCAGAAGCACAUGGUUGACUGGAUUAUCACCAACGUCAGGAAAUCCAUCACCCCGGCCCAGGAGGACGCAGCUCUCAAGAAAUGUAUUGCAGACCUUAAAUCCUUGUCUGCAGCUUAAACUAUCUUGUUAAACUGUUUUAGACCCUUUCUUGAAAUAAACAAAUUAAAUAUA